GGCUAGAAGCUUCGUGCAGACGAUUAAAGAUUGGUAGCACUGCUGAAACAGCGAAACGUAAUUAUCCGCUUAUUCGUGUCAAACUUUUUGCUGUGAACAAAACACUGCGCAAAAUAUCACCCGCCUAAAAAAUUCCGAAGCAAUCGCUAAACAUGGACAAAGUUGUUAAAUUCUGUGAACCCGGCCGUGCGUUCGCCAAGGACUCUAUCCGUUUGGUUAAACGCUGUACGAAACCUGACCGCAAGGAAUUCCAAAAAAUUGCUAUUGCUACAGCAAUUGGUUUCUGCAUUAUGGGCUUUAUUGGUUUCUUCGUUAAACUAAUCCACAUCCCCAUCAACAACAUCAUUGUGGGCUCAUAAAAUGCCUAUCAGCUUCAUUUGUUCAUACAUUCAUACUUACUUUACGAUAGAUAAUUAACAAUAUCCUCGAUUUUUGUUUGUAUAAAAGCAUUAGAUUGAGUUAAAAUUUUUUCAUUUAGAAAUAAGAGAUUAAAUAUUUGUGUACGCAGAGAUUAUAAAGAAAGGUAUAUGAUUCAAUGUAUUCACACUCUGAACUCAUUACAAAAUCUGUAAUGUACUGAAUUUUGGUUUUAUCAACAAUGUGGAGCGUCCAACGGCGCAGAGUGGAAGUUUCAAAAAUCUUUGUUUAACAAUUUGAAUAAAACAAAUGAAAAAAAUGUAAUCACAUUUCAUUUGAAUCUAUUAGCGGUAUUUGCAAGGCUUUGAAAUCUUAUUUAAAAUAAAGUAGAAGUGAGUUUCCGUUUAUUAAAUUUAA